AUGGCUAAUCGUAUGGCAAAAUUGGACGAACUGUUGUCCGCAAUCAGUUUGGAGUAUAGCAAUAUUGCAAACGAUGCUAAUUCAAUGGCGAUGCAAAACCAAAAGGGCUACGAGUUUCAAAUCAAUCAACAUAUAUCAGAAUUACAAUCAAUAAGAAACAAAAUCUUUGAAUUGGAAUUGACUCAUAAAAAGAUGAAGCAGAGUUACGAAGAGGAAAUAAAUAGACUGAAGUUAGAUAUCAACCAAAGAGAUAACCAGAUACUCAAUUUGCGGUCAGCAGCACCAAACGGUCACCAAAUAUUGCACCAACCACCGCAACCAACUAUUCAAAUGCAUAUGUCCCCUCCAACUAUACCUAUUGCUGCCCAGCCCACUAUUCACAACACCAACAAUAGACUAAUGAAUGUUCAGCAGCAGCAGCAGCAGCAGCAACACAUUUUACCGAAUAUUAAUCCAAUUUUGUAA